AUCUGCUUUAAAUUUUGACAAUUAAAACAUUAUAAAUUCCAACUGUCAAUUUCUUUCCCGUUUUCCGGUCCUUUUUAUUGGUCGGCUUAAAAAAAGAAUUAUUAAAUAAUGGCACCACGUAAAAAUAAAACACAAAAAGAAGAAGUUCAAGUUUCUCUUGGACCACAAGUACGUGAUGGCGAAAAUGUAUUUGGUGUUGCACAUAUUUUUGCUAGUUUUAAUGACACAUUUGUACAUGUAACUGAUUUAUCUGGUCGUGAAACGAUAGCUCGAGUUACUGGUGGUAUGAAAGUAAAAGCUGAUCGUGAUGAAGCAUCUCCUUACGCUGCUAUGUUAGCUGCACAAGAUGUUGCUGAAAAAUGUAAAUCGCUAGGUAUCACUGCUUUACAUAUUAAAUUGCGUGCCACUGGUGGUAAUAAAACAAAAACACCAGGACCUGGAGCACAACAAGCAUUGAGAGCUUUAGCUCGAUCAUCAAUGAAAAUUGGACGUAUUGAAGAUGUAACUCCAAUUCCAUCAGAUUCGACACGUAGAAAGGGUGGUCGUCGUGGUCGUAGAUUGUAAAUUAAGAUUAAUUUUUUUAUGUAAGGAACAUAAAAUUAUUCCUUAAUAUCCGAAAUUAAAAUGUUGAAUAAAUGAAGGAUUUACAUAAAAAACAUAAAAA